CGCCUGUCUCGGGUGCCGCCAUGUUGGUGAGGAGAAAUCACCGUUACGGCCACUGUCCAAAUCCCCGCGUCGCUGCGCGCCGCCCGCCCGCUCCCAAGCCUCAGCCACCGGCGGCGAAUAGAGACUAAAGCGGCAGCGCCGGCAGCGCGGGGCCGUGGCCCAGUGUUGGCAGUUAGAGCCCCACCUCUCUGGCGUGGUUGUUAAUAGACUGGAAAGUCUGUGUCUGUGUCGCUCACUAGUAACCGUGAGUUUUUACCACUUCGUCACCUCCCGGCGGCGGCCGGGGACAGGUACCCGCAGGAGGCGCAGGGAUUCUCCCCGCGCCCCGCCGCCGCCGGCCUCGCAGACCUGCCCUCCAGCCCCGCCCCGUUCUUGACCAAACAUGACAGACUCUGAACAUGCAGGGCACGACAGAGAAGAUGGUGAAUUAGAAGAUGGUGAAAUAGAUGAUGCAGGAUUUGAAGAAACACAGGAACAGGAAGCAAAAGAGGACGAAAAGCAGAAAAAUGAGAAAGCCUACCGAAAAUCAAGGAAAAAACACAAGAAAGAAAAAGAGAAGAAAAAGUCCAAAAGGAGAAAACGUGAGAAGCAUAAGCAUAAUUCUCCAUCCAGUGAUGAUAGUUCAGACUAUAGCCUUGAUUCAGAGGUCGAACAUACAGAAACUGCCCACAGAAAAAGAUCUGGUUUCUACAGAGAUUAUGACAUUCCAUUUUCUCAGCAUGGACAUGUAUCAGGAAGCUACAUGGCAUCAAAGAAGAGUCAACAUAACAGAAAAUUUAGAAGUAAAGAGUAUGAUGAGUACAGUACCUACAGUGAUGACAACUUUGGUAGCUACAGUCAGGAAACAGAGGAAGAUUUUGCCAGUCAGCUGAAACAAUACAGGCAAGCUAAAGAAACCUCGAAUACUUCUUUAGGAUCAUCUUUUUCUAAAGAACCAGGGAAAAAACAAAGAUUGAAAGGAAUUCAGCAAGGUACUGAGCAGAGGGUUAAAAGUUUUAAUGUUGCUCGUGGACGAGGUUUGCUGAAAAAAAUCAAACGCAAAGACCGUGGCGGAAGGGUCAACAAAGGGCCAAAUGUGUUUUCAGGAACUGAUGACUAUCAUGAGUAUAGUAAACCAGGGAAAAAAUGGAAGAUUAUGACUCAGGAAUUUAUUAAUCAACAUACAGUGGAACAUAAAGGAAAACAAAUCUGCAAAUACUUUCUGGAAGGGAGAUGUAUUAAGGGAGAUCAAUGUAAAUUUGAUCAUGAUGCAGAGUUGGAGAAGAGGAAAGAGAUUUGCAAAUUUUAUUUACAAGGAUAUUGUACCAAAGGAGAGAACUGCAUUUAUAUGCAUAAUGAAUUUCCAUGUAAGUUCUAUCACAGUGGAGCAAAAUGUUACCAAGGAGACAACUGUAAAUUUUCACAUGAUGAUCUGACUAAAGAAACAAAGAAACUUUUGGACAAAGUGUUGAAUACUGAAGAAGCUGCAAAUGAAGACGAAAGAGAAUUAGAAGAACUUAGAAAGCAUGGCAUAACUCCUCUUCCCAAACCACCUCCAGGAGUUGGACUUCUGCCAACCCCACUGGAGCAUUUUCCCUUUUCUGAUCCUGAAGAUGGUUUUCAGACAGAUCUCUCUGAUGAUUUUAAGAAAAUUCCAUCUCUUUUUGAAAUAGUUGUAAAACCUACUGUGGAUUUAGCACAUAAAAUCGGAAAGAAGCCACCAGCAUUUUAUAACAGUGCCUCGCCACCAGGACCACAAUUUCAGGAAAGCAGCCCACGUCCUCAACAUGUCUAUAGUUCUGGGUCAAGUCCAGGUCCUGGCCCUAACAUGUCUCAGGGACACAACAGUCCUGUGAUGCACCCCGGCUCCCCCGGACACUGUCCUGGCCCACCAGUGCCACAGAGCCCACCUUUGCUGCCUCCCCCCCAAGGAACUGUGGGCCCUCGCGGUCAGGCCGGGGUACUUGGUCAGCCGGAUACACCUUUGACACCACCAAGUGUGAGUGCUGCUUACCACUGCCCGGGCUUUCCAGAACACGUGAUGAGAGUGCCUCGAGAGAAUCACUGCUCUCCAGGCUCAUCGCACCCGCCUGGUGAAAGGCAGCUCGGUACCAGCUAUGAGUCCUUACAAAACCCUGCUGAAUUUUAUGAUCAUUACUAUUCACAGCAUGCUGUCCAUAAUUUUCAGCCACCCAGUAACUCUGGUGACGGGGCGUGGCACGGCGACUUUGCCCAGCACCAGGCUCCAGUUGUUCCAGGCUCACCUGACUGCGGGAGUGGGUCGGACAGCAGCGGUAACGUGACGGGCCGUGGCCCCCUGCCUGCGCUGGGCCUCCUCCCUGCUGUGCAGAGAGCUCUGUUUGUUAGACUUACUCAGAAAUACCAAGACGACGAAGAGCCAAGCAGCACCCAACCUCAGAGGGCACCAAGCAAGGAAGAAGAUGAAACAGUUAACUGGUACUCCAGUAGUGAAGAGGAAGAAGGGAGCAGUGUGAAGUCAAUACUGAGAACAUUACAGAAACAAACAGAGACUUUGAGGAGUCAGCAGCAGCCUUCCACAGAACUUGGCACUCCUACUGACCCAAGACUUGCUAGAGAGAAGAAUAAGGGAAACCAAGUCGUCGACCCUAGACUUAGGACUAUCUCAAGGCAAGACAUUAGAAAAUCUUCUGAGUCUGCCCCACUGGAUCUCAGACUUGCAUGGGAUCCAAGGAAAUUAAGAGGGAAUGGAAGCGGUCAUGUCAGUUCUUCUGCUGGUGGAGCCAAGUUUGAUUCACAUCAUGGCAACACCGGUCCUAACAUCAGACACAAAAGAGGUGAUGAUGACGAUGAAGAUACAGAAAGAGAACUGAGAGAAAAGGCUUUCUUAAUACCUCUGGAUUCUUCCCCUGGUGUGAUGCUGCAGGACCCAAGGUCACAACUGAGACAGUUUAGUCACAUUAAAAUGGAUAUUACCCUAACCAAACCCAACUUUGCCAAACACAUCGUCUGGGCUCCAGAAGACUUACUACCAGUUCCUUUACCUAAACCUGAUCCAGUCUCUUCAAUCAAUUUACCUCUGCCCCCUCUUAUAGCUGACCAGAGGCUCAGUAGGUUAUGGAAUACAAAAAGUGAUCUUCGUCAAAAUACAGUGCCCACUGAUACAAAACUAGCAGCCAAAGUCAAAAUUAACACAGCAAACAGAGAAGGCUACCCAGACCAAUUUGGAGACUCACAUAGUUCAGGAAGUAAAUUAGGAGAUCCUAGGUUACAAAAAAAUUUUGAUCCUAGACUUCACAGACUGCACAAUACAGAGCCUCAUCAAGCAGUUAUGAAGGACCCCCAUAUGUCAAAGACUGCCCCUCCUUCAGGGGCCAGGUCACACCCAGGCUCAUCACAGCCCUCAGGGGCGGCACCUGGCAGUUCUGGUCCUGGGGCUUUACCUCCAUAUGCCCCCAAACUCUCAUCUUCAGCUGGCCUUCCCCUGGGCACUCCGGGUUCAGUCCUUAGCGGUAUUAGUUUGUAUGACCCCAGGGAACAAGGUUCAUCCUCUACAUCAGAGCUAGCAACAGAAAAUGCAGAGAACCAGAAAAAAAGCGGGAGUUUAAAAUGUAGUGACAAAAAUGAGCCUCCUCCCGGAGAAGCAAUCCUACCACAGAAAAUCGCUCCGAAUGUGGAUGUCCCUGUUGACCGCCCAGCUGACCCACAGACAGAUGUUCGCCAGAGUUCCGGUACCGCUCAGGUUCCAGCAGUGCACAGCCUUCCCAUUCAGGCAUUAACAGGCUUAAUCAGACCCCAGUACAGCGAUCCCAGGCAGUCGAAGCAUCUGGGACAGGUGAGCCCCACCCCUGGUGAUGAUCCCAGCAAAGAAACAGAUGACAAAUCUCUGAAGGAGGUUUUUAAAACUUUUGACCCAACAGCUUCACCAUUUUGUUAGCUGUUGUGUAACCAAGCAGUUCUUUUCUCUCUCCUGACUGUUGCAGUCCCCUGCUGUUUUGUAACUGUUAUACCUCUAUAGUUUAUUUAUUUUUAAAUUAUAAACACUUUUCAGCUGCUAGUAUCAGAACCACACGAACUUAUAUCCUCCAAAGCCUGUGGUAUUUUAUAUAGUAUUUUUAUAAUUUUAAGAGACUGUAGUCAUUGACAUAGAAGCCUAUAUAUCAUGUUAGUUUCAGUAAAAGUACUUUUAUUGUAAAUAAACCAUCAUGAACUCAACACUCUGCCUGAAUAUAUGCCACUUGUCUUUCAUAAUCAGUGUUUAGAUAAAUGAUCACCACUUUUAUAUGGUUGUUAGUUUCAAGCAAUAUAAUGUACAUUACUUUUCAGAAACAGUAUUUUGACUAGGAUCCUCUCAAUUUGUCAACACAGAACUGACUAAUAUGUAAUGCUAACUGCUAGCUUAAAUUUUAAAUGAAGUAAAGAAAACAUUUUUUUAAUCAUUAUUAGCAGAGCAGUUCAUGUUUAAGGGCAUCACUUUUAUUAUUACUGGCAAUAUUAUUUGUGUAAAUGAAGCAUUUGAAUGUCAUUAUCUUUUAAAUGUAUUUUAUGGUAUACUGUAUCAUAGAAGUUGGAGAUAUAUAAAUAGAAUGUUUUGCUAAAGUAAAAAAUUUCCAAAUUCUCUAACAUACCUUUUUAAAUUUAAUUUUUCAUAAUAAUAGUUAUGAGUUAUUGCUGUUAUGUUAUGAUGUUUAUGCAUUCUGAUGUCUUUUGUCUUUAGCAGCAUAAUUUAUAUUACUUUUUCAAAUUGUGUAGCUGCAAUAAUUGUAUUCAUCAUGACUUUGGCAGUUUUAAACAAAAUUUUAAAAGAUCCAGUGUGUCUGUAGUGAUUUAUUGCAUUGAUAAUGUUUUAAGUGUGCAGGUUCUAUAUUUUUUCUUAAAUAGCGAAAAAUCACAGAGAUGGUAUAGUCAACUGUAUAUGGCUAUCAAUAAAGACUCUCUUUCAGAUCUCAUCUGACUGGCAUUCUAUAACAGAGGAGACUGCUUGGUGUUUUAAUGUAUUUAAUGUCCUCAUAGUUUGGAAACCUCCUCAAUGGAUUAGAAAUUGUACUUUUAUGAAAAAUAAUUUGUAUUCAUUCUUGUAUAUUUAUUGCAGUAUAUAAAUAAUGGCAACCCUACUUACUUUAUACAUAUAUUAUUUAUAACUAAAACUAAGUAUUACACUUAAGUCUCAGGCUAAGUGUAUAUAUUAAUAUCUUCAACUAGAGGUAUCUGACAGUGUUUGCUAGUAACAGCUCCAAUAGGUAAUUUAAAAGGAGCAUUUCAUUGUAAAAGGUGAUGGAAGUAGAGGAAAUCAGCAGUUGAGAAGUGAUUUUUAAAAUAUACAGCAAAAUAUUUAUGUGGGAACCUAAAGCUCAGCACAUGGCUUAAUACUAAUGUAUAUCUUUCCUAUUCCCUUCUUCACUUUUUGCUUUUCUUGCUCUGAUUCCAUGCUGAAAUGAGGUUGCAGUUAAGUGAACAAGAACUCUGCCUGUCUACCUCAGAAGUUCAUUGUGUUCUAAGUGGAAGGACAGUUGUUCAAGGGAAUGUGAGUUCCUACUAUUUAUACUUUGGUUACAUUGUUGCCUAAAAUGGUUCUAGAUAACAUUUUAUGGUUAAAAAACGAAAUUUACAGCUAUUAUAGAAAGUAUUUUCUGACUUGCUGUCCUUUGGAAGCAAGUUGAAGGAUAAUUGAUUAGUAAAAAAAUCCUUUAUGAAUGUUCAUAUAAGCUACUUGCUGAAUUAAUUAGAAGAGAGAGAGGGAGGAAAGAACUUAUGAUGGUUAGAGGUUUAUGACAGUGAAUUCAUAUCCUUGUUCUGAACUGAUUUAUAGGUGUUUUAUCUCAGUGUCUAGUUUGUUAUCUGUGAAAUGGGUAUGAUUUUGACUGUUCACAGAUUGGAUGUAAGGAGUGAAUGAAUUAUUAUUUUAAAGUACUUGUAAAUAUAAAAUUGAUUUAUGACUUUCACACACAUAAUCGUUACAUUCCCACUGGGUUUGCAUUAAGUUGUACAGUUUCCAAAAUAACAUAAUACGGUUUGUGUGGUUCAUCAAUUCUGUGAAGUUUCAGAUGAUAGUGAGACACAGUAGAAUUGCCUGAGAAGUUGUUUCAGAGAGUAUUAACCCAUCAAGUUAGCAGUUUCCUUGAACAUUUUGUGUAUCAGAAAGUCACAGGACUUUUCUGCUUUAGAGCUCUGUGGGCUUGUAGUGUCUGUUCAGGGUCUGACAUCUGUGCUCACUUCAGACAGGUUGGAUGUUGACAGAAGGUGAAAAUCCUGUGACGGUCUGCGUUGUGCUUUCCUCACUUACGUGUUAUGACUUUGUGUUUUGUGACUGAUGUGUUUGCUUAAGUCAUAGCAUGUGUGGUGUGGGUGAAGUGGCCAACUCAAUGGGGGGGCUGUUGGCUUUUAGAAACAAUGAGGAUAUUUACUCCCACCUCUUAAUAUGUAUUUCUGCAACCUUGCGACAUUGAGAUCUUUCUUAGUGAUCACUUGUUGGGAAAAAAUGCAUUUUUCCUUUGGUUAAUGGCAUCUUGAAUUUUGGAAAUUCCUAGCGACCUGGAUGUUAGGGCUUGUCAAUAUAUUUCCAUUUGCACAGCACAGAGUCUCGUGAUAGAGACACUCUCCCUGAGUUCACUCUUCUGGGCUGAGGACUGUGCCUCGCAGGGGCUGUCUGUGUGAAAGGCCGUACCUUGGAGGGCUGAUCUGCAGUCAAGCAGUCCACUGAUAGUGCCCCUGCCUCCUUCAGUAUCGGGCUUUCUGGGAAUUUCUAGGAUGAAGAGUUAUAAUCAUCUCUUCAGAAAUGGUUUGGGAGCACUUGAUAAUAUUAUGUUCAAAGUUUAGUAAUCAUUAGUAAAUUUGCUUAGUUUAAAUAAGGCUUAGUUUAGGAAGUGUAAGCCUUGACAAAAUGUAACUGAAGAGUGUCUGAGUGUUUGAAGUUGUUUUCCUCACUUAUGUGUUACGACUUCGUGUUUAUGUAAUGCCUUCUUCCCCAAGUAACUUACUGUGAUUUGCAGAACCAGCUUCAGUAGUUACCAGUUCUGUACUGCUGGGGUUUUGUUUCUGAGUAUGUUAUUUAUCAGCAGGACCUACCAGUUUUAACAAAACCCAAAUUUAGCCUGGCUUUCAUGGAAAGGAUACAGACCUAAGAAAGGACUUUAAGUUAAUGCCAACAUAACAUUGAGAAUUUCUGAUUUUAAAAUAAGAAAUGAAAAAAAAAAUAAGAAAUGAAAAGUAUGUCUUAGAAUUUAUGCUUCUGGAGGCUGAAUGCAUCUGCGUCUCCUUGUUCUCCUGUUUCCCCGUGGGAACAAGCCCAGUUCUGUGCACACGGUAGGUGUUUGUUAACUGCUUCUUGGUUGCUUCCCAGCGUCCAUCCGAGUUUGGAUUUUGCAGGUGCCUUCAUCUGCCACAAUAGAUGUGGCGGACUUCUGGAUUGUAUUAGAAAGAGUAUGGUCCUAAAUUAUGCCUCUUUCAUUAGACACAGGGCACCAGCCUUCUCUUUUCUUGUCUCUUCUUCCCACCACCCACCCAAACAAUGUGAACGAAGGGUUAUGGCAGCUUUUAUUAAGAGUUACAUGUUUCUACAAUAAUUCAUGAUUCUAAGAGUCCUCCAAGCUUUACAAGAUGAUUUAACUACUUCAUUUUGGAAGCUUGACUAGAUCAAUAAUUUAUCGCCAUAGAUCUGUGAAGGAUUCUUUCUGUACUUUGAAAGAACUGCAUACUAGAGUCUCAUGUUUUCAUUUUAAAAUGUUUCUCUAAUUUUCCCCUUCCGAUUCUCCUGAAAAUCCAACCAGAAUUAUGAAGAUAUGCCUAACCUAGUGAAUUUCCAAUAGCAUUUUAUUCUAACACUAUGAAUAAAUUUGAGUCUUGUGUUUUGACCUUCAUUACCCUUUGGAAUACAACAGUCAUGUGUUACAGUUGGGAAAAUCAUUGUGGGCAAAAAGAAAAUCUGUUUGUCCCAAUGACUGUGAGUUCUUGAAAUAAUAUAUUAUAGCUUGGUUUAUCAUUGACUCUCUUGUUUUUUAAACUUAGAAUUUAUGAGAAAAAGGUUAUUAUAUAGCUAGUUAUAGCAUUUUAGAAAAAAAAUAAACCUUGUAAACUAUCAAGCUCCUUGCUCCUUGGCUCAGUACUCUACUAAUUUUAGAGUACUUAUGAGGGUGUUAAGGUUGAGAGGAGUGAUGAAAUUUGCAUUAGGUAAUAUUAUUUUGUCAGGAAUCUGAUAUAUAGAUUAUUGUAAAGGAAUUACAUACAUAGAGGCCCAAUUUUUAAAAAAUUAAUCACGUUGUUUCCAAACUUCCAUUACAAGUAAGGUCUUGGAGAUUUGUCAUUAAUGAUAGACUCUAUUCCAAACUUCCAUUACAAGCACGGUCUUGGGGACUUGUCACUAAUGAUAGACUCUACAUUUUAUAUGCUUUUUAUUAUUAUUUUCUCAUUUUAUAUACUUUUUAAAUAGAGAAGGUGACAAAUUAAAUUAAUUAUUGCAGAUAAGAGGUUUUAGUCCACCUCUAUUUUAUAGGAAUUUGCCCUCCAAAUAUUUGAGAGAGAAGUCAAAUAAGAUAGGAGAAUAUCUUUUCCUGAGGUAGAAUAUUUCCUUUAAAAGUGACAAUCAAGAAGUAGUCAUUUCUAUACUUACUUGCCAAAGUUUAAAAAACAUUUUUAUGUUUCUUAUCUUAAACCCACUGCUCCCCCACCAAGGAUUCAGAAAGGGCUCAGUAUCAAUCCCGGGUUCCAGUGCCCAGGUCAUUUCAUUUUUUGUCAUUUCUAGGCUGCUGUGCUUGCCCAUGGUGAGGGCAUUGAUGGCAUUUGUGUCCAAGGAUGUAGUGUGUGUUUGGUGAGGGGUGGCGCCAUGUCCACCCCUGGUCACCCUUUUCCUAUGAGAUUUAUAAGCACCAUCUGUAAGCUAAAAUCCAGAUUAAACCUAUUUGGUAUGAAGUAGUGUUUUUUAAUUAAAAAAAAACUUCCUACAGUUAUUAUUUCAAUUCCCCACAUAUCUCAAUUGUUGGGGAAAUGCUUUCUUGACUGUUUCACUUUGGAGGAUUUCAGUAGCUAUUAAUUUAGUAGAUUAACUAAAUCAUUAAUCUGUUGUCUGCUCAAAAGAUACCAGCAAAGGGUAUACUUUGCUGAACUGAUAAAUUAUUCUACACCAGGAAUAACAAAUUCCUUGGUAACAUUGGAAAUAUCUUAUUUUCCCCCUUCUCAUUUACUAGUAACUUUUCCAAGUUGCAUUCUGUUGUUGCAAGUUUCUGUAGUUUUCUUCUGUGACAUCUUUCUAUUGUCUGACUUUAAAUAAAAAUAUUUCUAAUAA